AUGUGUGGGAUCGCAAAGCUCCUGCUGGUGGCCGUCGGUGUCCUGGCCUCGGCUGCUGCUGGUAGCGGUGCUACUUGGAGUCUGUCUCUCAGCCAUCUGAACACAUCACAGGAGGCGCCGGGCAACAAUGGCUGCAGCCAUGGCGGGAGCGAUCCAAACUGCGGGUUCAACACCAACCACAACGUGAGCCUCUACACAUCCCCCGAUCUCAGCAACGGCAGCUGGACCUAUGCCGGGGAUAUGCUGCCCGUUGACGCUCGACCUGAAGCCAUCUACUACCGGCCCAAAAUCGUGUUUAACCCCACCACGUCGCGCUAUGUCCUCUGGAUCAAUGCCGUCCCCGCCGGCAAUUUCUCCGCGUCAUACUACGUAGUCGCCACGAGUACCGUCCGCACGGGCCCGUUUGUCGUCCAAGCCACUCACGUCGCCCUGGCCCAAGACGCGCCCGGCGAUUUUGACAUCUUUGUCGACGAUGAUGACCAAGGCUACAUCAUCUAUACCGCCAUCACAGCCGUACGUCAAUCCGCUUGCCUUUGCCUCUUCAACGGGAAGUGA